CGUUAAACCAGUGCAGUUGACGUGAAUUUUGCGUGCCACUUUGUAUGUUGCUGUUACGUUUGGUGAUGCCGUUUACCGUCGGAUAAAACAGCGACCGCACACGAACCGCAACCCCCACAGUACCCGGUGCAAAGAUGAACAAUGAGAGUUUAGAGAACACGAUCCACGUGACGGCGCCCAGCAUCCUGAACAAGCCGUCGCAGACGAUGCCGCAGCGGUCGCCGUUCGCCAUCCAGGAACUCCUGGGGCUCGGCGACUCGCACCACCGCUCGCCGGCCGCCGCCGUCUCCGCCAUCACGCCGAAUGUCUAUCCGCAGAGGCAUCUGCAGGCGCCGACAUGUUUCCCGUCGGAGCACGGCUUCAAUCACCACCACAUGACGAUGGCGGCCAGCCGCAUGGCCUAUUUCAACGCCCAGGCGGCGGUGGCGGCGGCCUUUUUGCCGCACAACAUCGCGGCGGCAGCCUCCAUGAACGCGAACGGGGCACAUUCGCCGGCCGCCGCCGCCGUCCUCGGACUCGCCGGACCCCAGUCCGCCGGAGCAGGAUUAUCGCAGUUCAAAAGUUCGUUUAGUUCCUCAGGACCUGGUUCAUGUUUAUCAGGCCAAAUAGACAAUUCGAAAGAUUUCUCGGUAACAGAUGGCAUAGGAGGCUUCAGUAAAAAGAAGAAGAAGAAAAGGCGUCAUAGGACGAUAUUCACCAGCUAUCAGCUAGAAGAACUAGAGAAGGCCUUCAAGGAUGCGCAUUAUCCGGACGUGUACGCUCGCGAGAUGCUCAGUCUGAAAACGGAUCUGCCGGAGGAUAGGAUACAGGUGUGGUUCCAGAACAGGAGGGCGAAAUGGCGAAAGACGGAGAAGUGCUGGGGCAGGAGUACGAUAAUGGCGGAGUACGGGCUGUACGGGGCGAUGGUACGGCAUUCGUUGCCACUUCCUGAGACGAUACUGAAGAGCGCGAAGGAAAACGAAUGUGUGGCACCUUGGCUGUUAGGAAUGCAUCGCAAAUCACUAGAAGCCGCCGAACAGCUCAAAGAUCAGGACGGUAACAGCGACCACGAGGAGACGACCUCGAUGAGGACGGAGGCGAGCGACACGAGCGCCUCAUCGAGCCAACCACCCACCCAGCAACAGCCCUUGCCCCAAGUCAACGUUCCGAACGCGGACAAGGAUCAGCCGCCCAUCCAGAACGGUCAGACGCCCCAGCCUCCCUAUCCGGAGGAUCCGGAGGCGUUCCGGAACAAUUCGAUAGCGUGUCUGAGGGCCAAGGCCCAGGAGCACAGCGCCAAACUCCUCAAUCACAAUCUGAUGCUGCACGCGAGACCGCUACCCCAAAAUUGUGACGCCAACGCAAACAAUCUCCAUCAUCCGGAGGUGGUGAGCUCGGAUACCGGCUCGGCGGGCAUGUUCUGACAGGAGAACGAUAAUUAAACGGUGAUUUUCGGUCGGGACUCGGUUUGGACCGGGGUUGUAUUUUUGGUGUUUUGUUUAGCACGUGUAACCGGUUUUUUUUUUCUGAUGCAGAUUUAGAUGACAAUGCGAAUUUCAGAGGUUGUUACUGAAUGCAAUAUAAGAGUAUUUCUUCUUUCGUAAAUUUCUUGAAAAUAUGCAAUAUUUUUAAAGACUAGGGAGUUGUCUAGAGAGCCAGCUAAAACUCGUUAAGUCUUCAAAAAGCACACCAAAGUUACAAGACUAAACUAACUAAAAAUGAUUAUAAUUAAAAAUAAUCUUCGUUUAUUUUUCUAGUCAUUUAUUGUAAAUCUCAGACAUUAAUAAAUAAAUUCUGAAUUAUAUGUAAUUUAAUUCCUUAAGUAAUUGAAGAAAUUCUCUUGACAUUCAGUUCGCCUACACAAAUAUUCUAUGUAAACAAUAAAUUUACGAGGUCUACAAACACAACGAAACAUGUACACAAAAUUUUAAAAGGUUCAUCGAAACACUCAAAAAUCGAAUUUACUGAAAACAAUAUGAGUUUCCUUAUUAUUUUUGUAGUGCAAUAUUAGUGAAAACUUGGACUAUAUAAAUUGUACAAAAUAAACUACUACUUAUUUAUUUAUUUGUGCAAUUAAUUUGUACUUACAUUUACUUAAUGAAGUUUAUAGGAUUUGAAUAGGACACGUACCAAGAAAAUAAGUGUUCCUAAGAGAUUGUGCACCAUUUUAUAGUAAUAAUACGUGCAUUAAAUGUGUCCUGUUUAAAUGUUUUUUAUUUUUGUAAAUAUGUACAUUUAUUUACUUAUAUUAAUUUUCGUGUAAAAUGCUGUACAUUUCCAGAUUACAAAUUUCAUACUUCAUGUUAGAUGUUUAUAUGAAUAGUAUCAAAAAUUAUUUUGCAACUCGUAGUGGUUAAGACAACGUUCAUGGUACUUAUUUUAUAUUAUUAAUCAAUGCAACAGCUACUGAACAUCAGGAUUUUUUGGUCGUGUUAGAUUUGAAAUGGAACACCUCAAAAAACCCUAGUUUCUUUUCGUGGAUUUAUGUACAGAAUGGUAUUCUCUCUUAGUCCCAUUAAGAACAACCAUUAUGUAUUUGUAAAAAAUUUCGUAUAACUACUCGUAUUUUCGUCUUCAAGACCAGUCUUAAUGAGACUUCGUGGGGAUACCAUCUCUUAGACGAUAAGUACAAGUGCAACAUGUUACAUAAUUUUAGGACUAGGCUCUUAGGAAUACUGACUGUAGAUAUCGUACUUAUGUAAUAUAUUGUAUUACCGCAAUUUUCUGUAUUGCAUCAGAUACCAUGUAACACAAUGUAUAAUAAAAGAAAUAAAGUAUUUAACUGGUAA